AUGCACAAUGUUCUGCUGGGGGUUUUUAGAACUCUAUUGAAGCUUUGGACAGAAAGUUCAAACAAAGCCUAUUCCUUACCAAUAACUGCUAAACAGGAAAUAGACCGAAGAAUCAACUGUGUAAAACGACAGAUAUGCAGCGAUUUUGUCAGGUCUCCAAGACCAUUGACAGAAUUAAAAUUUUAUAAGGCUACCGAGCUGCGAUUAAUGCUUCUGUAUUUGGGUCCUUUUCUCUUUCAUAGUGUAGUCAAACAACCGUAUUACAACCACUUCUUGCUCCUCGUUUCAGCUAUUCGAAUUUUAUGUCACCCUACGUGGCAUAAAACACAAAAUGCUAAAGCUAAAUCAUUGCUCCAAUUAUUUGGACAACAGUUUAAAAAUUAUUAUGGAGAACAAUAUUAUGUUUAUAACUUUCACUUGUGCUCGGAGCAUUUGUCGGACGAUUGUCUUUUACAUGGCAACUUAGAUGCAUUUUCCGCCUUUCCAUUUGAAAAUUAUCUGCAAAUCAUGCUGCAUUACAUUAAAAAAGCCCCAAAUCCUCUUCAACAAUUCAAGAAUCGUCUUGGAGAGCAUUUAAAGUUUGAAACUAAAAGUAAACAAAAACUUUUCAAGCAAUCCGGGGAAAAUUAUAGUAUCAUCACAAACCAAUAUAAUUCCAUUAUAUCUGAUCAUUCAAAUGAUAGAUAUAUAUUUGCAAAUGAUCAUGUUUAUGAAGUUCAAAACAUUACGAAAAAUAGAAAUGAGUUUAAAAUCAAAUGCAAAAAAGUAUCUGAUCUGAUACCAUUAUUUGAUAAAGAAUUAAAAUCAACAACAAUUGGAAUAUUCCACUCGGCUAAAAUUACCCUUGAACCAGAUACUGUAGUUUUAGAUGCUAAUGGUGUAUCAAAAGUAUUAUGUAUUCAAUUUGAUAAAAUUUUUGGAUUUAUCGUAGUGUUGCAUACAAAUUAA